ACCAUUCAAAGCCCCCCCUUCCUCGCGUGUUUUUCCCUAACCCACCUGCCCUCUCCGCCGCCCUUCCCCAUUUUUACUACGUUUUUGAGGGGGUGGAGAUCACGCCAUUGAGGUUGUCCGUCGUUCUCUUCCGUUUUGCGAACUCGCCUUUUUGCGGAAUCUCUUUGAAACGCAAGCUGUCUGAAGAUCACGAUUGAAGGAGGGUCCGGUUGUUUCUGUCGCGUCCGUUGGAAGUCACCAUGUGGGAUCAGUAUGGUGGGCAUCAGCAGGCGGUGGGUUAUGGGGACCAGAAGACGACAUUAUGGAUGGGUGAUUUGGAACCUUGGAUGGACGAGAAUUAUAUUAGGCAGCUUUGGAUGUCUUUGGGAGAGACAGUGAACGUGAAGAUGAUCAGAGACAAGAUCACCGGAGGAAAUGCGGGAUAUUGUUUCGUAGACUUCAUGAAUAACGGUGCUGCUGUUAAGCAAUUGAAUAGCGUCAACGGAACAUUGAUUCCAGGAACAACUCGGAUCUUCAAGCUGAAUUGGGCGUCUGGCGGAGGGAGUGAUGACAGGGGACCAGAAUACUCAAUUUUUGUGGGUGAUUUGGGGCCGGAGGUGACAGAUUUCAUGCUGCUGUCAACGUUUCAAGGUAGGUAUAUGACCUGUAAGUCUGCAAAAGUCGUAACCGAUCCGAGUACCGGCAUGUCACGAGGAUAUGGAUUUGUCCGAUUUGCCGAUGAAUUGGAGCAGCAGCGGGCUAUGGCAGAGAUGCAAGGGCAAUAUUGUGGGUCCCGUCCCAUGCGUAUUUCGCCGGCCACCCCGAAAAACCGGCCUGUAGGGGCUGAACCUCGAAUGGCGCAACCCAUGCAAAUGCCGCAGCAGGCCUAUUACCAGCCUCCUCCACAGCAGCCGCAAGUACAGCCAGUUCAACCAUAUAAUCAAUUCAAUGAUCCAACCAAUACGACCGUCUUUGUUGGCGGUCUCAACACGCAAAUAACCGAUGAAGAACUAAGGAGCUUCUUUGCUCCAUUUGGUGAGAUUAUUUACACUAAAAUUCCCCCCGGAAAGCAAUGUGGAUUUGUGCAGUUCGUGCACAGGCAAAGUGCCGAGCUAGCCAUUCAGCAAAUGAACGGGUUUAUGAUUGGAGGCUCUCGAGUCCGAUUAUCGUGGGGUCGAUCGCAAGCAGCUGCUAAAGGUGACUAUCGACCUCAAGUUGGACCGUACGGUCAACCAAUGGCGAUGCCAGCAUCUCCGUACGGUGCGCCGGUCGCUCCGUAUGGUGGUGCAGCGCCUCAUGUCAUGGGCGGGCCAACUGGCACCGCAUCUCAAUUGACAGAAGAUCCGCUGCAACCUGUUCCUGUGGAGCGAUCUAAUGAGAACUACGUUUCGCAACAGGAGGAGCUCCUUGAACGGACUGAUCUUGAUAACGGAUGGAGACAGCAAGUGUAUGCACAGUGAGCGCGGGUUUCUCCGCGAUAAUGCUAAUGGCAACUCCACGUGAACUGGGACUGUUUCCUAAUUUCGGCGCUUUGCCAUGGACGUGGGGUCAAGGUCUGGUCUUUUUGAUUUUUGUCACUCGUAUUUAGUGCAUCAGCUUUCUUUUUUCUGUUGUGUUUUUUUCGGGGAGGUCAUUGUCCUCUAUUGUAUUAUACAGCCAUGAGAUGCAAUAAUAUGGGUGCUAUUUCCAA